UAUCUAUAAUAAAUUCUAAUAUAAAAAAUAUUAUUAUAUAUAAUACUUUCCUCAGCAUCUACAGUGGCUACUGCUGUGAUACGGGACCUCAAAAUACCACAGUACUCUUGCACAUCGACACAACUCGAUGCAGCCACCACAAAAAUAAGCAAUUCCAAAAUCGAUCGUUACGCUACCACAGACAAUUCUAUAUCUAACGUCACCGAACAGGAGUACAAAGGGAUGGAAACACAAAGCCUAGACAAAUACCCGGAUCCAACUGUAUAUGUCAUGGUGAACGACAGACCCAAACUGACGAGGUUCCAAUGCUUCAUACAAAGAAUCUUUGGUAUAAAAUCUGAGAGAUCUUAUAAGAGCAUUGCUCACCUCAAUGGUCAUGUUUAUUCCGCAAGUGAUAACAAUAUUUCACCAAAUUCAGAAAAGAGAAGGCGCAAAGGUCUACGGUUCAGGAAGUUAUGCAGACCAAAGAAAAUUCAGUCAGAGAGCGCUUUAAACGUGAAGAGUCCAAUUAUCUUGACGUGUGUGCAAUCGGUGCAGAAGAAUUGCUUGAUGGACACUACUCCUCGGCAGUGUCCUAUUAUGGGAUGUAAGAUGAUAUUUUAUGGUAUCAUCAAUUAUAACGAUCAUCUCAACUUAUGCCACUUCACCGAACGGAAGUUCAUUUGUCAUUACUGUCACGAAGGCUUCGAGAAAGAAUACGACAAAUGCCAACACGAGAACGAGCACAUCGGUAUCAGCAAACUGAGCCUUCCACCUAGACCUACGCCUAGACAAAGAGUCGCUAGCGUCACUCAAACAGAUCCCGAGCUAACCAAGAGCGAAAUCCCAGAGGACAAAUUAAAGAAGAUCGUCUCGUUCUUCGACAAAUUAUCUAAUCCCGAUCAGGUAAUCGCGGAAAUGAAAAAGGACAGAUACUCGGAAUCAAACCUUCACUCUCUGCAAAGGUCUAAAGAUGACUGCACGGUGAAUACGUCCAGCAAUUCGGAUACUGAUAAAAGGACAUUGAGUUGUGUCAGUUUACACAGAAAAAAGAAGGGGACUGCUCCUGUGGAACCAAGUUUGAAUUCUAAAUAUUCGUUUAGUAAGUCGCCUGUAACUUGCCAGCUGUGUGGAGAAAAUUUCGAUUAUAGACGACAAUUAAGCCUACAUGUUGACUUGGAACAUAGAGUCCACGACAAAUUCUCUAAAUUCCACAGCUGUGCCGGCAUCAUGAACCCUCGUCGUCGCUGCGAACUGAUAGCAGAAGACGGGAAAAUAGACUUUAAGACGGAAGUAAAACGGGAUAAAGAUUUGAGAAGGAAAUCGGAGGAAAGCCUCGACUAUGAACCGUCCACAAACAUAGUUUAUUAUACCUCCAUGGAGUCUGUCAACUCUAAGAUACCAAUGGGCUACAAAUGGGAGCCUGGUACGAAAAUUAUUCGUGUGUGAUGAUGUUGGUGAUGUUCUAAGUGUGUAUCGUGAAGUGGCAUUUGUGUACGUCCUAUUAUAGUCAUAAAGUCCAGUGGUGUUUUAUUUAACGACCUCC